AUGUUCAAUUUGGUGCUCCUACGGUUAUUCCAACACCGCGAGAUCACGUCUCUUUUCAACAAUUUCUUGUUCGACACAAAAGAAUCAAGGAUAAGUCUGCCCACUAUGAACUUCAAGACCUCCGAGUCCGACCCAAUUCACCUGAGGACUCGAACCAUUACCACGAAGGUUCCAGAGGCUGAGGUGCACGUGUACAAGCAAGGGAAGGGCCGAUCGAAGUCAUCAAAACGGUCCUGGCUGGGUGGGACCAAGACCAACUCGAGGAUGGAUGAAAAUUUCCCUAUUCAAUAUCGUGCAAAGGAUAGCUCUCAUUUGCAGGCUUUAAACGAGCUCAAUAGGCCCACGAAACUCAUUCGGCCCAACCCACUCCACUUUCCCAUCGGUCAAAAUCUCCGCCUUACUCAUUCUUCUCUCUGCAUUCCCCAACCAAAAACCUCUCUCAAGAUCAAGAUCAAGAUCAAGAUCAAAAUCCAAGAAAUGGCCUUGGAGUGGGUAGUUCUAGGCUACGCCGCCGGCGCCGAAGCCAUCAUGCUCCUCUUCCUGACACUGCCGGGCCUCGACCCGAUCCGGAAGGGCCUCAUCACUGUGACCCGGAGCCUCCUCAAACCCUUCCUCUCCGUGGUCCCCUUCUGCCUCUUCCUGCUCAUGGAUAUCUACUGGAAGUACGAGACCCGACCCAGCUGCGACUCCGACUCCUGCUCCCCCUCCGAGCACCUCCGCCACCAGAAGUCCAUCAUGAAGUCGCAGCGAAACGCGCUCCUCAUCGCCUCCGCCCUCGUAUUUUACUGGCUCCUCUACUCCGUCACAGGCCUCGUCGUCAAGAUCGAUCAGCUCAACAAACGGAUCGAGAAGCUCAAGGAGCAGUGA